UUUUUCCGCGAGAUAUUAGUCAACUCGCGCAGGGACCUGCAUCAAAUGUUCCGCAGAACAUACGGCAUUUUCUACGACCAAAAUUCAGAUAUUUUCGCCAGCCUCUUCGACCAGCUGUCCGGCUAUUACACGAACGGCAACGUCGACCUAGAGAAGACGAUGGACGCGUUCUACCAGACGCUGUAUCGCCGCAUGUUCCAGAUCUUGAACCAGCCAUACCAUUUCGAUUCCGACUACCUCGACUGCAUCAGUAAACACAUGGAGCCGCUGGAGCCAUUCGGCGACGUGCCUAAGAAGAUGAAGGAGCAGAUGUCGCCUUCUGUUGAGUGCACUUACCGCCUGACGCAGAUGUAUUACUGUUCCAGCUGUCAAGGCAUCUUCAACGUCAAACCGUGCACCAGCUUCUGCGUGGACGUAGUCGCCGAUUGUCUGGCAUCACAUAUCGCAUUCGAUCAGCACUGGAACAACUACUUGGACGCGUUGUCUGAUCUGGUGAAGCUGCUCGAAGGUCCUUAUAAUAUUGAGUCUCUGGUAGACCCGAUCGACAUCAAGAUAUCCGACGCGAUCAUGAUAUUUCAGGAUAAAGGCAAAGAACUGUCCGAUCGCGUGUUUUCCGACUGUGGCCGCCCGCUACCCCUCAGGUUCAAACGCGGCCGUAACCGACGUGGCCACGACAUCGUCAGCGUCUCGUUUGAGGACCUGAAAUUUGGCGACCUUAAGACCAGCGACUCGCAGCUAUCUAGCGCCGCCGGUGCCAACCUGGAACGUUUGACCAAAGACAUUAAGGAAAAAGUUUUGCCGGCCAAGGGAUUUUGGAAGAACCUGCCAAAGUCGGUGUGCUUCGAGUCCAACGCUGUGCGGGCUGCCGACGAAGCCUGUUGGAACGGAACUUUCUUGGAACGGUAUUACUUUGUUAUGAAAGAUAAUUUGACGUUGUCUUCGCUGUCGACGUGA